CUUAGAGCCGCCGCCUCCGCCGUGGGAAACCAGAAUCCAGUCGGGACUGUGCCGGUGGAUCGGGCGCCCCAGCCCGGCGACCCGCAGACGGAGGGGCUCCGUGCCGGGCGCCCCACAGCACCGUCCGCGCGGGGCAGAGCGGAGCCGCCGCAGCCCCACGCGCCGCCCAGGACCCACUUGCCGCCACUGCCUCCGCAGUACCCAUGGGGACCAGGAGACUUUAAAGGAGUUUGGGGUUUCGGGAGCAGGGAAAUCACGGGUACGGAAAGGCGGCUUUCUUUGCCUUGGAGACGUUUUCUCUUCGAUGGUUUGGACCCUGUGCCCGAUCCCCGCUCCUGGCCCUUGCCUCGUGCGUCAUUGAUGGGCAACCAACUGGACCGCAUCACCCACCUCAACUACAGCGAAUUGCCCACGGGGGACCCCUCUGGGAUCGAGAAGGACGAGCUACGGGUCGGGGUCGCCUACUUCUUCUCGGAUGAGGAGGAGGACCUGGACGAGCGCGGCCAGCCGGACAAGUUUGGAGUGAAAGCGCCCCCGGGGUGCACGCCCUGCCCAGAGAGCCCCAGCCGCCACCACCACCACCUGCUGCACCAGCUGGUCCUGAACGAGACUCAGUUCUCCGCCUUUCGGGGCCAGGAAUGCAUCUUCUCCAAAGUGAGCGGCGGCCCCCAGGGCGCCGACCUGAGCGUCUGCGCCGUCAGCGCGCUGCCUGCGCUCUGCGAGCCGGGCGACCUGCUGGAGCUGCUGUGGCUGCAGCCGGCCCCCGAGCCGCCGGCGCCCGCCCCGCACUGGGCCGUGUACGUGGGCGGCGGGCAGGUCAUCCACCUGCACCGGGGCGAGAUCCGCCAGGACAGCCUGUACGCGGCGGGCGCGGCCAACGUGGGCCGCGUGGUGACUAGCUGGUACCGCUACCGCCCGCUGCUGGCCGAGCUGGUGGUGCAGAACGCCUGCGGCCACCUGGGCCUCAAGAGCGAGGAGAUCUGCUGGACGAACUCGGAGAGCUUCGCCGCCUGGUGCCGCUUCGGCAAGCGGGAGUUCAAGGCCGGGGGCGAGGUGCCGGCCGGCGCGCCGCCGCCGCAGCAGCAGUACUAUCUCAAGGUGCACCUGGGCGACAACAAGGUGCACACGGCCCGGUUCCACAGCCUGGAGGACCUCAUCCGCGAGAAGCGCCGCAUCGACGCCAGCGGCCGCCUGCGGGUGCUCCAGGAGCUCGCCGACCUGGUGGACGACAAGGAGUAGCCGCGGGUGCCGCCGGCGCCCCUGUCUCCCCGCGCCCGCUUCCUUCCCAGCGCCAGAGCUCCCCGGCCAAGGAUCCACCACCUCAAUCCUCUCCUGCACCUGCCGCCGCCGCGGGGGCCAGCGCCCAAGCGGCCCCCGCGCACCCCUCUAGCCAGUGGCCUGAAGUCUCAGGAACCGGCCACGGGACUGGACUGCACGGACAGCCGCGCGCGGCGGAGCCCCCCAGUGGCGGCGAUCCUGCUGGGAACCAGUGUGCAUUUCCCCUCGCCUUAGAAGGGGGAGAGGGAGGAUGGGCCGAGGGGAGCAGGGACUCGCCUGCCCCCACGAGUCACUGCUUAGAAACGACCUCCCCACCUACUAGAGAGGCACCAUCCCCGCCCCCAAUGCACAGAAAGACCUGUUGGAGGCGAGGGUGGAUCUUUUCAGGGCGCAGUUCACUCCGGUAUGGAUAUGUCCCCAGAUUGCAGGAUUUCCAAGAAAUCGAGCCUGUCCCUUAAGCACUUGUGAAUCAUUCCACCACGAGAGAGCACCUAGGGACUCCGGGUCACCCCGAGGCUGCCCGGGACUGUUCCAGCUCUCCAGCCCCCAGGCCUGCUGGUUUUGUAUUCCAGGCUGCGGGCUAAGCUAGACAGUGUUUGUUUCCUAUGAUUUCCACCCAGGGAAGCGCACGCCACCCCCUCGCACCCCGCAUUCCCUGUGAGGCCCCCCAGCCUGACGGGAGGGAAAUGGCGCAGGCCCGGCCCAGGCCAGGCAAGAAGGGCGCUUGUUGCUCUUCACCCUACAUUGCUUCCUCCUUGGGCUGCAUUUCAAAAAUCAUCCUAUUUCUAAAGGGGUUGGAGGAGAGGGAGAGAGAAGACGAGGCAGUGUUCCAGAAACCAGCAUUAUGACAAAGCCAGCGCCGGUCUAUUUAGUUUGGCUUUUCCUAACAGAAAUCUUAGAAGGUGGGGAAGUGCAAAUAAAGUUUUAAACAACGAGGGGGCAGUGCUCCAACUAUGUCAACCAAGCAUAUCGUGUUGAUGUUUUUAUUGACCAUUUUAGCAACAUGCUAAUAAAAUUUCAAAUUGAAAUUUUUAUUUUCAUGGCUUUACUCCAUGAUCGUUUAAAUACUGGGGGCCAUUAAGAGUGGACUUAGCUACGAGCUUAGCUAGCAUUGCCUUUUCACUCUGUUCUCAAAUCCUUUGAGAAUUCUGUUUUUGAAUAUUGUUUCUUUAAACAGCAGCCCUAAGUGCUGGUGGCGUUGCUAAUUCAUGUGAAUGUUGUACUGAAUCUCUGCCAGCGAAGGGGUUUACUGCUUUGGUGGAUGUUGCUAGCAGGUUCCAUGAUGUUCCUUUUCUAGGUGGUGGAAACCAUUACCAUCCCACGUUCCCAUUUCUGUUUUUCUUCCUCCCUCCCUUAAUCUCCUUUUAAAAAAUGAAUCUAGAGUUAGUGGCUUUUCCCCUUCUCUGUGGUCCGUCCCACAAGUCAUUCCUGAAACACCAGAAAGGACUUGUAGGAUCUGUAUAAACGUGUGUUUUUAAAAAAAUUAAGGCUGUUUGAAACCCCUUCCCUGGGCAACAAUGUACCACCUUCUCUCCCUGCUCGGCAGCCCAGCCGGGUGGACUAUUACUUACUAAUUCCGUGUGUGUCAGACAUCGACAGCAUCUGCGUCCCUUGUCAGGGAACUUGUCAAAUAAUGGUGUUUAGCUAAUCAUCGCAAGCAAUUGCCUAUUGACAGCUAUGAUUUAGUUGGACAGCAAAUAUUAUGGCCAAAGCCAGUUUCUUGGCAUUUCAAAAAUAAUGCAAUAAACACUAGUCGAGGUUAGCUGAGACUGGAACUGCCUCUUCCGUGGUCAAUGAUUCAUUUCUGUUUUGUGUUUUGGUUUUCAUCCUGGAGUCAUUCCCUGAUCUUGACUCAAAAGGUCAGGUCAAUGGACUAUGAACUAGAGUAUUUUUCUUACAGCUAUCAAGUGAUUUAUUUUUUAAGAAAAUGUUUUAAAUGCAUAUGCUUUCCUUUCAGCACAUACAAUGGCAAAACUUUUGUACUAGCGCGCUCACCUUUGCAUGUAUGGAGAACUGAGAGUCCUCGAGUCCCCUCACUUAUGCCUCUUUCAAGUCACAGAUGGCAGAUCACCAGCCGCGAUCCGUUACUGUGUCUGCACACUCCGCAUUCUUUCUGUGCCCUCCUCCUGUACCUUGGCUCUCUGCUGUAUUAAACACCAUCCUAAGCAACUGCUCCAA